AAAGCUGAAUUUAGGUAGUUCAAUACAAAAAGUGAAAGUCAGAGAUUCACUUCACUGAAAUACUUCAUAAUCUUUUAAAAAAUAUGUAUAAUUUUGAUGAGCAUAGCUUACAGAAAAUGAAAACCUAAAUUCACCAUCUCUUGGAACUACAACAUUAUGUAACAAACAAUCAGGAAAGAAUGGAAUCUAUUUUUAAUGUACCAAUUAGGCAGGAUUCUUCCCUCUGAACAGCAUUUUCCAAGUGUUUCAUGAAUUUAUAGAAUAUAUGAGGACUGAAAUAAACUGACUUUUCUACCAGAUUCUAAUUUAUUGAGAUGUACUUGUACCUGUUUUUAAUUCAUCUAGUUACUCAUUGCAGUUCUUUCAAAGUAAAGUUAUUUUCAGUACUCAAACGUUCAAUUUUUUACUCGCUGACCUUUCGUACACAAACACACACACACACACACACUGGUCAAUCAUUACACACAGUAGUAGUGCGGUGGUCUCUCAGGUAAGACGCCACGUUGUCUUUGCGGUCUUCACUCGCGUUUGCAGUCGACGACUGAAUGUUAACAAACGAUUGACUGUGUAAUUCAUUGAGCCAUUGUAUGGAAAUUGAUUGUAAUUGCUGGAUUGAUGCAAUGGCGUCUAAACGGUGUGCAUUCAUUUGCUGCCACCAGUAGGGGCGCUGUUGAUUCCCUCAAACAUGCUCAUGAUGACAAGAGAAAAAAGUUCAGAACAUUCAUAGAUAUGAUAUACUGUUGUGUGUAAGCAUACAGCGUGUAAGGUCAUAACAUGCUGUCGUCACCUUGUUAGUCAUGUUGACUUUACUGCGCCACCUGUCGUCCUCUUGUUGCUAUGGAGGGAGACGCUCCAUAGCAACCGUCAUCUCUGGAAAUAAAACUUCCAAGCUGGUGAGGGAGCGGCUGAAGAAGGAGGUGGACAAGAUGAAGAUGUCCAAUGUCAUCCCGAGUCUGCUGGUUUUACAGGUGGGAAACAGAGAAGAUUCAAACUUGUACAUCAGCAGUAAGAUGAAAGCUGCAGCUGAGGUGGGCAUCGAUGCAGCACAUGUGAGGUUGCCCAACACGGUGACACAGGAUGAGGUUCUACGGACCAUCAUGUCGGUCAAUGAGGACGUAUCCGUGCACGGCCUCAUUGUGCAACUUCCUCUGGAUUCCAUCAACCACAUGGACGUGGAGAUGGUCACCAAUGCUGUCUCUCCACUCAAAGAUGUAGACGGCCUGAGUUGCAUCAAUGCGGGGAAGUUGUCUCGCGGGGACUUGAACAACUGCUUCCUCCCCUGCACCCCCAAUGGAUGCAUGGAACUCAUCAGACAGACAGGUGUGAGCGUGGCUGGCAAACACGCGGUGGUGAUUGGUCGCAGUAAGAUUGUUGGCGCGCCCAUGCACGACCUGCUGCUGUGGAAUCAUGCCACUGUUACCACCUGUCACUCAAAGACGCACAACAUCCCCGAAGAGGUGCGCAGGGCUGACAUCCUGGUGGUGGGGGCGGGGCGAGCGGAGAUGGUGAGAGGCGAUUGGCUGAAGGAGGGCUGCGUGGUCAUCGACUGCGGGAUCAAUCACGUGCCAGAUGAAAGCAAGCCAGGUGGCAAGCGUGUGGUUGGCGAUGUCCACUACACCUCAGCCUAUCAGAGAGCUGGAUUCAUUACUCCGGUUCCCGGAGGGGUAGGCCCAAUGACAGUGGCCAUGCUCAUCCAGAACACAGUGCUCAGUGCUCAGCGUGUCCUCGCCAACAUGGCCGCCGCCAGACGCUCCCUCUGACACUGCAGGUUUCAAAAAUAAAAGUUUCACGUCCGCAGAGUUUCUUAAAAUCAACACAAUCUGUUUGAUGAUGAAGAUGAUGGAGGUGGACGUUGCCGUAGCAACUGUCAAACCAAAGCAGCUUUUACGUUUCCAGUUUCCAUCAUCUUCCGUGAAAACAAAACAGCGUUUACGUUUACAGUUUCCAUCCUCUCAUCGUCUGUAGAUUUAAGAUGCGUACAUACACUCAUUUCCCUACUCACAAAUUACUAGUUCCCCACAUAUUCACACUUAUUUUUUAACCGAUCCCUCGUCAAUCGGCGGGGAAAUUUUAUAUAUAUAUAUAUAUAUAUAUAUAUAUAUAUAUAUAUAUAUAAUUUUUAUACAUACAUACAGUUGCUCAACAGUCUGGGGUCUCCGUUGUCAUAUUUUGUGCUUCAUAAUGCACCACACAUUUUCAGUCGGAGAAAGGUCUGGACUGCUGGUAGGCCAAUUUAGUACUCUCCCUCUUUUACUGCCAAGCCAUGCUGUUGUGACAUACAGAAAGUGGCUUGGCAUUGGCUUGCUGAAAUAAGCAGGGACGUCGGUGAACAAUACAUUGCUUGGAUGGCAGCAUAUGUUGCUCCCAAACCUGUAUCUACCCUUCAGCAUCAAAGGUCCCUUUACAGAUGUACAAGUUACCCAUUCCAUGGGCACUAACACACCCGCAUGCCAUCACAGACCUUGCUGGCCUUGAACUUUGCGCUGAAAACAAUGGUCCUUUUCCUCUUUGGCCCAGAGGACACGACAUCCAUGAUUUCCAGAAACAAUUUUAAAUGUGGACUUGUCAGACCACAGCAUACUUUUCUGCUUUGCGUCAGUCCAUCUCAGAGAAGCCAGUGAUGUUUCUGGGUGUUGUUGAUACAUGGCUUUCGCUUUACAUUGGUAGUUUUAACUUGCAUUUGUAGAUGUAGCAACGAAGAGUGUUGAAUGACAAUGGUUUUCUGAAGUGUCCCUUAACCCACGUGACAAUAUCCUUUACAUGAGGAUGCCAGUUUUUAAUGCAGUGCUGUCUGAGGGGUCAAAGAUCACAGGCAGUCAAUGUUGGUUUUCGGCCUUGCCGCUUAAGUGCAGAGAUUUCCUCAGAUUCUCAGAAUCUUUUGAUCAUAUCAUGGACCGCAGAUGAUGAACUCCCUAAAUGUAUUGCAAUUGCACAUUGAAAAACGUUCUUCUGAAACUAUUUUCUCGUGUAGUUUUUCACAAAGUGGUGAACGUCACCCCAUCCCUGCUUGUGAACAACUGAGCCUUUUGGGGAUCCUCCUUUUAUACCCAACCCUGACACUCCCCUGUUUCCAAUUAACCUGUUUACCAAACAGGUGUUUUCUGAUCAUUUAUCAACUUUCCCAGUCUUUUGUUGCCCCUGUCCCAGCUUUUUAGGCACGUAUUGCAGGCAUCAAAUUUAAAAUGAGAGAAUAUUUGCAAAAAAAACCAACAAAAAAACAUUUCCCCAGUUCGAAAAUUUAAUAUAUUGUCUUUGUCUUGUCUUGUCUUGUCGUGUAUUUAUUUGAAUAUAGGUUGAAAGGAUUUGCAAAUAGUUGUAUUCUGUUUUGAUUUACGUUUUACACACCAUCCCAACUUCAUUGGAAUUGGGGUUUGUAAAUCAAAAUAAAAGCAGCAACACGAGCGUGUUUGAUCAGAGCUUUUACUUUGAAAACCACACAGAAGACAAAACGAUGAGAGCGUCUAUCAGUAAAAGUCACUGUUUGACUUCUUGUCACAGCAUAUCAACAGGAAGUGUCACCCGCUCGUCCCAGCGUCACUCGCCGCGCCCGCCGUCGCCACCGCUCUCCUGCGAGAUUUCUGAGUCGAGCGAGUAGGCGGAGCUCCCGUUGUCGUGUGCGUCCCUGCUGACCUCCAGGAGGGUGUCGUUGGUCGAGACCCCACCCCCUUCCGGACAGAAGUGGGCUGAGCUAUGGAAGAGCUGGCUGUGGCGGUGCAGUCUUGGCGGCUUGGCGGUGUGCGCAUACAUGUGCUCCUGAAGCUGACUCUUGUGCGAGAAGCGCACACCGCACACAGCGCACGCCAUCUUGCGCUUGCGGGAGUGGGCGGCAGCAGCUGGGGCAGCGCUCAGUCCCGCCCCCUCUGCCGCCCCCACACGGCUCCUCCUGAGCUCCGCCGCCAGCUGGGCGGCAAGUGCCCGACUCUGCCGCAGCGCCUCCUCGAGGCGGUCGGCGUCCAGACGCUCACCGGCCGCCUCGUCAUUGUCGAGACCGCCGCUUUCGUGCGACAGCCCCUCCAUGAAGAGGGCGGGGUGGAGGGCAUGGCUGAACAGGUGCUGGCGCAGCCGCUCGGGUGACGCGCAGCGAUGGCCGCAACGGGGACACGCCAGGGCCGGUGCCCGCUCUUUGGAUACCGCACUUUCCUGAGGGGGAGACCCCGUUCCCGCUACCUCGUCGUCUGGACGCUCCUGCUUGAUGGCGGCGGAGAUGUCCAAGUCGUCCUGUGGCAAAGAGGCGUGACCGUCCGAUCGGUCACCUUCCAAACCCACGGUGAGCGAUGGCUGCGAGUGGGCGCGCCCCGCCCGUGUUCCCGGCUCAGCACCGGCGGUAGCCGGUGCCUCCUUGCCGGCCACCUGGGAGGAGAUCUGGAUGCCGUACAGGUUGGACAUGCGCACGGUGUCUGUGACGGCGGUGUCCGCCCCGGCCCCAGGACCUUCACCGCUCUUGCGACACAGCUGGUGUGCGUGCAGGAACUUGAUGCCGUCUUCCAGACGCGUCGGUUCCACGGCUUGUUUGGGGCACGCCCCUGUGUACAUCACGUGCAACAGGUAGCUGAACACGUCGGGCUGGAUAUCGGUGGGCUGGAUUUUGAUGCACUCGCUGACACGUGCAAAUGUACAUAUGUACGUACGCACGCACACACACACACACGAUAAUAAUUCUGUCAACAAAGUUCAUCAUCACCUGUCAAUCAAAACUGAUGCCGCAAUGCUAGCAAAAAUACUGAUCUAAUACGACUUUUAACAUCAGACUAACUUGUUGCUUCAAGCAUUUCUGAUGCUACCCAUGUCGCUAAUGCUCAAGAUGUGGCUAAAGCUGUGUUGGGAAUCAUUCACUAAUUCCCUAACCCCAUACAAGAAUUUUUAUAUAUAGUGGUGCCUUGAGAUAUGAGUGACCUGACUUACAAGUUUUUCGUGAUACGAGCCAUUGUUUGACCGAUUUUGUAAUUUGAUUUGAGAGUGCAAACUUGAGAUACGAGCGCUGUAUGGUAGCAGUUAACUCAACUGACCUCACAUCAAGCAGCAGUAUGGCAAAUUCUUUAAAAAAGGAGGUUUUAAGAUGUUUAAUGCUACUCACACUUGAGGUUUACUCUAAAACAAAACAUAAAACGAACAGAAUUACACCUUAUUUAUUUGAAGCGCAACUAAACAGAUUUUUUUUCAAGUAUACAUUGUACACAAAAAAAUUUAAUUGCAUAACUUUAAAGAUGGCAACAACGCAUAAACUGACAAUACAACAGCACUUACAUUCAUAUAUCCUUUAUCUUUUGCAUAGAAUGACUAACAUUCAUGCUGUACUAGAGGAGUUGAGGCGUUAUUAUGAAUCCCACUUGUGUUCUAGGCAGGACACGCCACGGUGCAAUAUGAUUGACUGCUCCAAUGAGGCAAGGACUGCCGAGAACAAUGAACAGUAUGUCAAUUUCUCUGUCUUAUACUUCCCCUAGGUGGCCACGGCAGGCACAACAGAAGGAGCAGCAUUCAACAUAUUGUGUGGCAAAAUUUUAAAAUUCUAUUUAAUGAUGAUUUUAUGAAGUAAAAUAUUAUAGCGUGCUCUACAGUAAUACCUCGAUUAUCGCGGGGGUUAGGUUCGGGACGACCCCCACAAUAAGUGAACUCCGUAUCAACCACAUUUUUUUUACUAUUUAUACCCAUUUUAAAGCUGUAUGAACCCCCCCCCCCAGAUUUAUUAAUCUUCCCCACACUUGUAUUAAUCUCUGCCAUACUAUUUUAAACACUUCCUAUACUCUUAAACACCUUUUAUAAUCUCAAACAUUUAUUCCUUGCAAUAUGUUUUAAUGAAUGUUUUUCAAUUUUUUAAAAAUGUUUUAGGCUAGGAAGUGUUUAUUUUACCAGAAAAUAAUUAGAGCAUACACUCAAAAUCACAUGAUAUGGCGAAUUAGGCGUGAUAUGAAAAAAAAAAAAUCGGCAAUGCACUAAAUCCACGAUAGGUGAACCGGGUUAUAGCGGGGGAACGCUGUAUUCCUUUACUAAACACAAUACAACAAUUUUUGUUGUUUUGACAGGGGGCCUGGAAUGGAUUAAUGCAGAGGCGGAGGAACAACUUCUGGAGUGGGAGGUGGGGGCACAGUGCGCAGGGACGACUUUCAACAAAGACAACAACCAUGCUCAAAUGCAUAUUGUUCAUUUUACUCGUCGAUGGGUUGCUGCAUGUAAUUAUGCAACUGAUAAGCAACAUAUAGACUCCACACAGUGCAAUAAAUAAGGGGUGUGAAAAUUUAGGUGUUAAUGGCCCACAGUGACCCCCCUCCUCAUUCCGCAGCCUCUGGAUUAAUGACAUUUUUAAUUUCUGUGGGAAAUAUUAUUUGAAAUACGAGUGAACUGAGUUACGAGCGUGGUCACGGAACGAAUUCAACGCAUAUCUCAAAGGCACCGCUGUAUGGUGACAAGGGAGGCAUUCCCAAGUGCAGGUGUGUGAGUGUGUGUGUGUCACCUGGUCUGGUGGAUGAAGAUCAUCUUGAAGUAGUUCGAAAAGGCGGCGAGGACGGCCCGGUGAGCUUUGAAGUAAACGUUCCCGAUGGCGACCGUGCAGUCGCACAGGAAGCCGAACUCGCGCUGCACGUUGAGCUGCUGCAGCAGGAGCAGACUGUGAGCGGCCGACACCGGCACCGGCACCGGCACCGACGAAGCCUCCAUCGCAGACCUGAGCGCACGCAUGGAAACCCGCGCCACGUCACGCCACACAUUUGCAUAUCUCACACACCUUUUGUCAAGCCGCACGCACGCACAUUUACACACGCGCACGUCCCGUCGUCCCAGCCCAUUCGCGAUACGGCGGCGUGCACGCCGUCAUUCACGCACGCGCAUUAGGGCGUCGAUGGAUUGAUGCCUUACCGCAAAAGGAUCCUAGCGAGCAAGCGAGCAGGAGUCGGGAGAAGACGAGGAUGAGGAUGAUUGUUUGUGCGCCGAACUGCGUCACGUCUCGCGAGAGGACGCGGAUGGUCACGUGGGCAAUGCGCCCUACCUUAUCAAAAACAACACCUUGGACUGGAGUGUGCUGUCAAUCACAACACAUGAAUUAUGGACAGAUAUUGAGCUUGAUGCCAAAGGUGGAACAACCACUUAUUCGGUUCAGGGGGAGAUUACUUUAGGUUUGAAUCCCCUCCUUAAUAAAUGACAUUUUUAUUUAGAAACUGCAUUUUGUAUUUACUUUGGUUGUCUUUGUGAGAAACCCAAAUUGGCUUGAUGAUAUGAAAAGUUCAAGCGUGAUGAAUAUGGCCCAAAAAAAAAUCAGGUAUACAAAUAUGAUAUACAGGUACAUUGUUUCUUGUGACAAGUGUGACUUUUUGAAAAAAAAAAAAAAGUAUCAGAAGUCAUUUC